AUGGUAUCACAACGCACACGAGCUCUGUGGUCAUCGCUCUCACAAAUAUUUCCUCCUCGCGCUCGAUGGUCGACGAACGACAUGCUCGACUUGACCGGUAACGUCGCGCUUGUCACAGGAGGUAACGCCGGCUGCGGCCGCGAAACCGUUAAGGCGCUUCUUUCGCACGAUGCGAAGGUCUACCUCGCGGCGCGAAGCGAGGAUAAGGCUCGGCAGGCUAUCGAAGAGCUGAGAGACGAGACUGGCAAGGAAGCAGUGUUUCUACAGCUUGACCUGGCAGAUCUGGCUGCUGUGAGGUCGUCCGCGGACAAGUUUUUUUCACUGGAACCUAAACUGCAUAUGCUCUUCAACAACGCCGGUGUCAUGGCUCCUCCAGACACUACCUCCUCCACCACGCUUCUCCUACCCGCUCUCCUGGCAGCUAGCGAAUCCGGACACAAAGCGCGCGUGGUGACCACAUCUUCCAUCGUACAUUACUACAUCGACCGCUUCCAUUACGACUGGGUCGUAGAUGGCCCCGCUCGUCGUAAAGUCGGGAUAAGAGACUUGUACAAGAACAGUAAGUUCGGUGAUGCGGUCCUUGCCCGCGAGCUAGCGAGACGAUACGGCGACAAGAUCAUCUCGACCGCUUGCAAUCCCGGCAACCUGCACACAAGUCUGCGGAGGCACAUGUCGCCAUGGCAGGUAGCCGUUGUCAACUUCUUGAUGCUCUAUCCUGCCGAGAAGGGCGCGUUGACGCAGCUCUAUGCUGCUACGGCACCAGAGGGCGAAGACGUGAACGGACAGUUCCUCAUUCCAUGGGCCCGUGUGGGAGAAGCGCACCCCGCGGUCAGCGAUCCAGCACUCGGAGCUGAGUUCUGGCAGUGGUUGGAAGUGCAGUGCAAAGCAUAUGCAGAAUGA